UCGAACUAACCCCAGUAACCAGAAAUCUGUCGGGCUGUGCGAAUCGCGGUGGGCAAUAAUCCCGCAAUUGUCCGCAAAAAAUGGCUAACAUAAAGCCGAUGCACAAAAGCAAACAUUUCCCCAUAGACCAGCUCGUACGUGUCGGCAACUAUGAGCUCGAAAAAACAAUCGGGACGGGAAAUUUCGCCAUCGUUAAACUCGCCACACACGCUAUAACUAAGAGUAAGGUAGCAAUAAAAAUAAUAGAUAAGUCGCGGUUAGAUGAAGAUAAUUUGAAGAAGACUUUCAGAGAGAUAGCCAUCAUGAAGCGAUUGAGGCACCCGCACAUAGUGAGGUUAUACCAGGUCAUGGAAAGCAGUCACACGUUAUAUUUAGUCACGGAAUACGCGCCGAACGGUGAAAUAUUUGAUCACCUGGUGUCGCGCGGCCGGAUGCCGGAGUCGGAGGCGGCGCGUGCGUUCGCCCAGAUGGUGGCAGCGGUGGGAUACUGCCACGCCAACGGCGUCGUGCACAGGGAUCUUAAAGCCGAGAACCUGCUGCUGGACAAGCACAUGAAUAUUAAGUUGGCGGAUUUUGGGUUCAGUAACGAGUACACGGUGGGCUCGCCGCUGUCGACGUGGUGCGGCAGCCCGCCGUACGCCGCGCCAGAGCUGUUCGAGGGACGACAGUACGACGGACCUAAGGCGGAUAUAUGGUCGCUGGGCGUGGUGCUGUACGUGCUGGUGUGCGGCGCGCUGCCGUUCGACGGCGGCACGCUGUCCGAGUUGCGCGCCGUCGUGCUCAGCGGCAAGUUCCGCAUACCCUACUUCAUGUCGCAAGAGUGCGAGCACCUGAUCCGGCACAUGCUGGUGGUGGAGCCGGAGCGGCGGCUGUCGCUGCGCGGCGUCGCGCGGCACCGCUGGCUGCAGGCGCACCAGCCCGGCCCCGGCCCGCCCCUGCAGCCCCCAGACGCAGCGGCGGGCGCAUGCGGGUGUCACGUUACCGGCGGCGGCGGCGGGGGCGGCGGCUGCGGCGCGGCGCACGACGCCGUGCUCGCCAAGAUGCUCACGCUGCCCGGACUCACGCACCAGGCCAUACAACAGUCAGUAGAGGAGGAAAGGUUCGACCACAUCGCCGCCAUAUACCACCUGCUGCUGGACAAGAUACUGGCGCGGGACAGACAGAUGGACAGAGAUUCCUUGGAUUCAUCUACAGGCUUACCGCUAGACCUCACGAGCUGUAAGGACACGGAAGACGAGCAAAUGGAGGCGGAGGAGAGCGGGGGGCUGGAGGGGCUGAUGGAGCUGCCCGCGCCCGGCUACCUCACCGCCGUCAACCCCGGCGAGAGCCUCGAGAAGUUCGGCGUGGGCUGUGCGGGCGACAGCGCGGAGACAGCAGAGGCGGUGGCGACGAAACGCAGCAGCGCCGUCGCCGCCGACGACGCGCCCGCUGCCCGCCGACACACCGUCGGCCCCGGAGACUGUCGCCGCGCUCAGGCUGGAGAUCAUUCACCGUGCGCUCCGGUGGAGCUCAGAACGGCGCCGCUGUGUGGCUCAGCUCAUUUCAGCUCGGAGUCGCCGGCGCACGUGGCACUGCUGCCCAACACGAACCUGGCGGCGAAGCUGCCGGCGGUGCAGCACCAGCCGCCGCGCUACUUCAGCGUCAAGGACCAGCACCUGCUCAAGCCGCCCAUCGCCAUGCAGACGCACGCGUCAUCGUUCGGUCGACGCGCGUCUGACGGCGGCGCGCACGUUGGGCGGGGCUCGGAGCGCGCGAGCUGCCGGUCUGCGCCUGCGCAUCAUGUGUCGGACAGCGGCACGCACAGAGUGGAGGAGUCAGAGCAGUCGGAGGAACAGAAUAGCGACUCGGCGUACAAUACUAAUCUAUGCAGGUACAUGCUGAACCGCGGCAGCAGUAAGCGGCACACGAUGGCCACGCCCGAGGAGGCCGCCAGCGCCACCUCCGUCUGCGCCACCUCGAUGCCGAGCACGUCACCGUCGUCGACGGCGAACAUCCGCGUGCGACGUACCGGCCUGCUCACCGUCACGGAGCGCCCGCCCGUAAUUAGUCCCGAGCUUAUCAUGGAAGUGGAGGCGCGGAUGAAUAGGAACUACCUCCCGCCGUCGAUGGUGGGCGGCUACCAGUACCAGAGCCCGAGCCCGCCGGCCGCCGGCCCCGCGCAGGGCCAGGGCUCCAUCACCGCCGGCACCCCCAACUACGCCAAAAACUCCAUGAAGCCCGUCCUCGAGACCAUCCCCCAGGGCAGCCCCCUGCCGCAGGCCGCUUCGCCCUUCACCCCCGCCCUGCCACAGUUCUCGCCCGCCCACGGCGCGGUGCUGCACUCCGGGGCCGCCGCGGGCGGGGCCCCCGGCGGUCCCGCCCCCGCGCAGGGGUCCAUAUCUUCCGGAACACCGGUUCAGUCCAACCAGGAGUCCAUGUUCCCUUUCACCCAGAUGAGCCUCCCCAAUCUCGGUAUCUCCGGGCCCCCGACGCCGUCCACCUCCCAGAUGUACCACGACCGGGGCCCGGCCAUGUUCAAUAUGCCCGCCCCCAACCGGGGCUCCAUCGUCUCUGGCACGCCGCUGCCGAGCAUGGACAACGUGUUCUCCGUCCCCUCCCCGAGCUCCGCCGGCCCCGACCUGCCGAUGGACGAGCAGGACUCAGUGUUCGCGUCGAUGGGGGGGCCGACCGACCGAAUGUUCUCCGACGUUCCCCUGGCGAGUCACGGCUCGAUAGUCUCCGGAACGCCCAUCCAGAGUCAAAACCAGGGCUCCAUAGUUUCCGGUAUACCCAAGAAGGGGUCGAUCGUUUCCGGAACUCCGAACCAGGGCCCGGCGGUUUCCAGGCUGUCGACCGGAUCCAUCGUGUCCGGAACGCCGAACCAGGGGUCGAUAACGGCCGGAACGCCGAUGGCGCCCCAGGGGUCUAUAACGGCCGGGACGCCCAUGGCGCCCCAGGGGUCUAUAACGGCCGGGACGCCCAUGAGCGUGGACACGUUCGGCUCCUAUCCGAUGUUCAAUCUGAAUUUCAACCCCAACUUCGGGUCCCCGGGGCCGAGCGUCCCCAUGAUGGCCGGCGGCUCUAUCACGGCGGGCACGCCCGUACCCAACCCGGGCUUCGGUCAGAGCGCCCAGUACACCCGACAGCGCAAGUACUCCGGCCCGCAGCGAGUUAAAUUACAAAUGCUGGCAACUGUACAGGAAAUGGCGCGCGAGCACGCGGAGCGGUACUCGCCGGUGCGGCGCGCGGAGCUGAGCCCGCCGCGCGCCGCGCACGACAUCGCCUCGGCGCGACACGAGUACAGACAGCUUCAGCGCGGAUUGGAGCGGCGCAACACGCCGACGGCCGCGUCUCCGCCCGCCGAGCGCGUGCACGUGCCCGCCAUGUCACUACCCGCCUCCCCCAGCCACUGCGGCUCGUCGUCGUCGGCGCUGGACUUCGGCGCGCUCGGCCUCGACCCGGUGCGCGACCGGACCGCUCAGGACCUGUCGCUGAAAAUAGGAAUCAACCUGUACUCGCCGCACCUGCCCCAGGACGUGCUGAAAUCGAUGCACUCGUACAGCAGCUUCGGGCUGCUGGGCGGACACGCGUCGCCGGCCAGCCCCGGCUCGCCGCUGCACCAGAUCACGGAGGGGCUGAGCAUCCUGCACACCGGGUCCAUCACGCGCGGCACGCCGCAGGCCGCCGCCACGCCGCUCGACCUGCGCAACACCGAGCACAUGGACACCGGCUACCCGCAGCUGCACCCCAUCCUGCACCCGCAGGUCCACGCCGUCGCGCACCGCUCCCUUAACAGCUCCCCCAUCUCCAACCCCGGCUCGCCGCUAGACAUGAUCCAGGAGGAGAUCGGCCCCGGCCCGCCCGCCGACCGCGCCUUCCCGCCCUACCCCGCCGCCCACCCGCAGAUCAGCAUCACCGACUGCCUCGGCUCCGAGAUCACGCUAGUCGCCUCCUCCUCCGAGGACAGCGUCGACAGCCUCGAGAACGCCCGGUACCCGCUCCCGCAGUUCGUCAUAUCGGAGCCCUCCGAGCUGGCCGACCGCCCCUCCAUCACCCGGGGCAUCGGCCGGAAGGUCAGCCAGGAGGCAGAGGCGACACGCGCGCGCGGCGCCCCCGACGUCGGCGGGGAUGCCGAGAUGGAGUCGCCCGGGGACUGCGGCGACGACGCCGGCAAGCUCCCGGCGGACGAGGCGCGGGCGCGGCGCGGCAGCGACCGCUCGCUCGGCUUCAGCGACGACUCGCUCAGCACCGACUCCGCCGCCGCCUCGCCCAACUGCGAGCAGAACGUGCACUCCAUAUACUCCAACAUCGUUUCGGCCAGCUCCGGCUUCAGCGAGAACCGCGGCAGCUUCUCCGAGCACCGCGAGUCGUUCUCGUUCUCGGACCGCGGCAGCAUCUCCGAGCGCGGCGAGCCCGGCCGCUCCUCCUUCUCCGAGCGCUCCGACCUCGGCCGCUCGUCGUUCUCCGAGCGCUCGGACUUGGGGCGCGGCAGCUUCUCGGAGCGCGGCGAGACGCCCCGCUCGUCGUUCUCGGCGCAGGGCGUGCUGGAGGAGGUGACGGAGUACUACGAGGAGGCGGACGCCGGGGGUGCCGACGCCGGCGAGAGCGCGGACAUCGACCGGCUGCAGCGCUCUACGAUGGACCUGCGGCUGACGGAGGUGUGCCGGCCGGAGGAGCGACCCGCGCCCAUCCUGCUCAGCCCGCAGCGAUUGUCGGCCGCGCAGGAGUGCUACGAGGUGGCGCUAUCCACGACCUGCUCGCAGAUGGACUCGCGGCGGAUCGUGGAGCUGCUGAAGGAGACCAUCAACACGCGCGUGCCGCCACGGAGCAUCCUGGUGGAGGCGGGCGAGCCGGCGGCGCGGCCCGGCGACGCGGAGGCGCGCACCGGCUUCCUCAACCUCGAGUACUCCGGCGGCAUCCAGAUCGAGCUCGUGCUCUGCGAGAACAGACUGAAGGAGAAGAAGGGCCUGAAGAUGAGGCGGAUAUCCGGCGACCAGCAGGAGUACGGCAAGCUGUGCCAGCAGCUCAUCACCAGCCUCACCGUGUAGGACGGACUCGGGCCGGGCGGGUCGCGGGGAACCGCACCUCGUCAAAUAUAUUUUACCAAAUCUCUUCGUUACUGUUGUAUUUAAUACUUUCGAGGCUGAAAUCUAUACUCUGCCCGGUGAGUGGUGUGUUGAAAACAUGUGAAACAAAGUAAGAUCAGAAAUAUUUUUAAUUACUAUGCGCCGAUAUGAGUGUCGAAAUGUUGUGCCGUCUGAUGUUGUGUACGAUGUACAUGAGUGAGUGUUUAUGGGCCCUGUGAUCUCGUUAAAACUCGAUGCAAUCAUUUCCUUUCUGUAAAUAUCCGGUUGCUGUAAAAACUAAACAUUUUCAUUGUAAUACUUUUUGCGCUAUAGAUUUCAGUCUAAAACGAUAUAGCUCGAUUUUACUACUACUAUAGAGGCGACAGGUCUGUAUCGGUCCGCGCGAACGUCGGUGUCCCGCGACUUGCGGCAGGGCCCGCCCCGACGCCGGCCCUAUUCCAUUUGACAGCAUUUAUUUGUGUUCCAAAUUUCAUUCCUUGCGUAACUCGAAUUAUCUUCGAACUUGUGAUAACUAAAUACUAGGAUUAUGUAUUGUUAAAAUUGCGGACGAGGAACAUUUUUCAAUAUUCGGGUAACAUGGUCUUAGUAUUUGCUUAAAAGCAAAAUAACGAAUAUUCUAUUCCUUAUACAAAUUUGUAUGUUUUUAUUAAUUUAAAAAAAUAAAAAUGUUUACAUGUCCGUUAAAAGCUGUGACUGUUUGAAAUGUUCCUCGUCGGAGCCCAUUGAGGCGUGUUAGCGCGGCUACGUCGGUAGUCGGACUACUCGGUAUGAACAAAAUAAGCCGCCACACAGCGACUUGUGUUUUCGUGACUGUCUUUCUUUUGUUACCUUGUCGUAUCAAACACUUUGAGCAUUAUAACACAAUUUUUAAUAAUCUGACUGAGCCCAGUAGGAGCGAACCUGGGUUCGAACUGACCUCAACCUGCACGUGAGCCGACUUGCAGUUCGCUAAACGUGACGUGAUAAAAUCGAUUAGAUACAAUUUAAAUUCUCGUAAAAACAAGGUCCUUGUUUUUUUUCAUCGUUUUUGUAAAUAUCUUCGACGUAGAGUUUAAGUUGAUUCUAAGCGUGUUAUAUAUUUGUAUAUUAUGUUUUUAUUUAUUCGCAAAUAUAUUUAGGAUCUUUCCAUUAGAUAGGCUGUACAUACUGUAGGUUAUACAUUUUGUUACAUCUGAGAGCGCGUGCGAGGGCUGUGGACCGUAUGACGACAAAAAUCAUUUAGCUAGGCCAAUCUACUUUAGUAUGCCUUUGGGGGACUCGAAUUUGAUGUCCGAGAGAUAGUUUUUUGGCGUCAUACGUUCGACAGAUCCAAAUCUUGGAUCGCUAGCCUAGUGUUGCCAUAAGUGUAGUUAGAUACCGUUUUCAAAGUACAUGUAAAUACCAUAUAAUAAAUAAUUCUGAUUCCAUUACGUUA